GUAACCACAUUAUAGCUCAUUUUAAAAACAAAAUGAUAUAAAAAUAAUAUACAAAUAAGUUUAUAACAAUAAAAUGCGUGUAGUUAUCUUAAAACGAAGAAAUUACACCGAUCAGUAUCAAAGUAUGAUUUAUGCAUAUUUUUCCGUAAGCUUUCGGAAAAAACCGGAAGUGACGUCAGAGCCGCUAUACUCUUUCAUUGUUUAUAUAUGGAGUAAGGGGCGUAUGAUCUUUUCAGAGCCCAACAAUGCCGUACUGUGCGGCCUUUGGGUGUCAAAAUAAACAGUUUAAAGGAUCGGGAUUAUCUUUUUUCGGUUUUCCAAAGGAUUGUAUUCGAAGAAAGGCGUGGAUAUUUUAUUGUAAAAGAAAAGAUUGGACACCAACGCCGUAUAGUACUUUGUGUUCCGUACAUUUUUCACCUUCAAAUUACGAGACUUUUCCAGCAACGAAAGAAAGUUACGGAUAUCGUAAUGCUAGAGCAAAAUUAUUUGUAACAGCUAUCCCUGAUGUUCACCUAUUACUAGCACCAGAAGAGCCAAAGACGCCAAAAACAUCACGAGGGGCAUAUGCUAAACGAAGACGAGCUGAGGUUCUUCAGGAAAUAAACAUCGAGACCUAUGCCAGUGAAAGUAAUCUUGAUGGUGGUAAUAAAAAAACACCAUUACCAAAAGAUGCCCCUGCUGUAUGUGAUACUUUUGUUCAGAGUCCAUCAGUAUUGUGUGAGGAUCCUGUACCCGAUUUAAAUGCAAUCCCCAAAUGGAAUCCAACAGUGAAAAGGCAGCAGGAACAGAAACUUGUAAAUAAACCACAACAGAGAACAAGAAGGAUCCAAGUCAAACCAAAAAUAAAGGAUUUUUGUGUUCAACACUGCCCAACCACUGUUUCAGUGGGUAUUCAGUGUGAUUUAUUAAAACCUGAUAAUGAUCAGAUACAUGCAGAUAAAUGCAGUGAUCUUGAAGACAGUGGUGAUGAUGAUGACGACAGUGAUGAUGAUAGCGAUGACCCAGAUUAUGUCCCUCUGUUUGAUGAAUCUUGUGAAGAUGAUUCUGAAUUUGACGAAGAAGAACCAGAUAUACAGUCAUACAUUCUUAAUUCAAAUUCAUUGCCAAAUGACGAGAGACAAUAUUUGAUUGCCGAGAAUGCACUUGCUGACUUAAUGUCAGUUUGUCGACUGUGCAGUGGGAUCUGUACAGCUACUGUAAAGAACCAGAUCGGUUUCAUGGUGACUGUAACGCAAGAAUGUGCCAAUGGCCAUUGUUACACAUGGCAGAGUCAAAAGAAUUAUAAAAAACUCCCAUGGGCAAAUUUGUUUAUUUCUGGUGGUAUUUUGUUCAGUGGAAGUAGUCCAUCAAAUGUGAUAACUUUAUUCAACCAUAUGAAAAUACCAUGUAUCUCUGUAAGGACAUACUACAGAAUCCAGUCGUGCUAUUUGAUACCUUGUAUAGAGAAGUGUUGGGCAAAGUAUCAAAAUGACCUGAUGACAACUUUGUCAGGUGCAGAUCUCUCUUUGGGUGGUGAUGCUCGGUGUGAUUCUCCAGGACACUGUGCCAAAUAUGGUAGCUACACCUUAAUGGAUCUGGAAAGAAAACUUGUCCUUGAUGUUCAGUUAGUACAGGUAAAUGAAGUAAAAAAUUCACAGAAUAUGGAAUUGGAGGGGUUGAAGAGGUCAUUGGAACAUAUUAAGAAGUUUGGCUGUCAUGCACUAGAACUGGUCACUGAUCGCCAUGUCCAGGUGAAAAAGUACAUGAGAGAGAAAGAAGGCCAGACCAGGCAUUAUUUUGAUGUUUGGCACAUGGCUAAAGGUGUUAAGAAGAAACUUGAAGCUGCCUCUAAAAAGAAAAGAUGUGAAGACAUUAUUCCAUGGAUACAUUCCAUUUCCAAUCAUAUGUAUUGGGUAUCGGGAACAAGCAGCGAUGACAAAGACAUGAAGCUGGCGAAAUGGAGGUCUGUUUCAAACCAUGUAAUUAAUGUUCACACCGGCCAUGGGGCGAAAUUUGCUGCCUGCGAACAUGAAACCUGCAACACUGAGAGAGUGUGGCUCACAGCUGGAUCAAGAUCCCAUAAGUUGGUCAAGGCUAUCAUCAACAGCCCAUAUCUGCUAAAGGACAUUCCACAUUUAUCUCCACUGCACCAGACAUCAUCACUAGAGGUGUAUCACAAUGUUGUAAAUCACUUCGCCCCAAAAAGUACCCAUUUCUUCAUUUCUGCUAUGAAAGCUAGACUGCAUCUUGCUGCUUUCCAUUAUAAC